CCCAACCGCCAAGGCAAAAAUCGUAAUCGGAACUCUGCAAAAAUCUCCUUAAAAAGCUCCGGAAUAUUUUUUCCGACGAGAUUCCUCUCCGUUUACCGUCAAAGAUUCAUCGUGAAAUUCUUGAAGAUUCACUUGAAUACGUUGUGGAAGCGUUCUAUAUAUCGAUGUUGUGACGCUUUUUCUGUAAGUGAAAUCAUUAUUCUCUAGGGUUUUAUUCCGUAAAGCAGUUCGUACACAUUCAGGUUGUUUAAUAUUUGUUCGUAUUUGAGGUUAAUUUUUAUAGUUGACGUUUAUUUUUGUUGACAUUAAUUGUUUGUUGUAUCGGUGGUUAUUGGUUAAUCAAUCAUAUAUGUUUGUAAGGAAUCAUUAAUUUUCUUGUUGGAUAAUUCGAGCUUAAACAUUACUUGAAUCAAUUAGAUCAACUUCCCCUAAGUUCGUUGGGUUUUGGGAGACUGGGGUUUAUCAGGAAACAUGUUUGCUUGGAUUGUAGAAUGUUGAGUUUCCUAUUUGGAUUUUUUUUUUCUUGUAAGGAAUACGUGGUUCCCAAUUAGGGUGUGCAGGUGGGUUGGUUACCUCGUUUGCUUUUUCCCCCCUUUUCUCUUUCAUAGUUUCAUUUGUAUAAAAUUCCUUAAAUAUUGGGACUGAGAACAAAUUAAUGGCUAGUGCUUGUUACAUGCACUCCUGUUGUUUAAGGGAAAUGUGUUAUGUGUCACCGCCUCCACCCUUAAUAUGUCAAAUAUAUAGCUGUUUUGAAAAUAUUGAGUUUUAUGCUCCUGGAAGAUAAUUAUGAUUUACACUGCAAGUUUGCAACGUGGAGUGAUGGAGUUGAAUGUUUGAACCAUAUACUUAUUGUCAAUUAGAUGACCCUGGUGAUUAUAAAUCUGAUCUUUUGAUUAAUAGUUGAAGUAUGGAUGUAACAGAAGUACAUGACUCCCACCAUGGUAACAAAAAGAAUAUGUAGUUAUCCACAUAUCUUUCAAAUGUUGAACUUUCUAGCUUAUGACAUAUUUAUUGGUAUCCAAUUUAUGGUGCCUAAGGCAAUAAAUUGCAUUGAAGUUCGGUUGGAAAUACAUUUUCCAUGGCCAUUGUUGCAAGAUGUAUAUGCUUUUCAGCCUUCUCCAUAACAAUUGCUUUUGUUACUUUUGCUAGUGUUCAUAACUAAUGACUUGAAAGAUAUGGUAUAAUUCUGCCUUCUGCAGUUUCAAAGGCUGAACCCACCAGUUUAGCACACUGAAGUUAGAAGUGAUUCUCAUUUUCCUCGUCAUCUCGAGAUUCAUCUGUCCUUUUCUAUAUUGUGCAUCUCAUUCAUUUACUUAUCUGGUUCUCAUCAAAGUGUGGUUUAAAGUUUAAACAUGCCGAUUUGUAUUAGGUUUGUCAUAAAAGUUUGCUAUAUGCCAAAGAUAUUGUCAGUGAGGCAUGGAAACAGAGCUAAUGAUGUUUCUUGUUUGUAGUUUGACAUGAAAUCAUGUUUCUAUUCUCUCUUACCAGGAAUCCCGCUCAUCCUCAAUUAGAACAUUCAGUUUUUCUAAUAAAUCUGUUACUUUAGCAUUCACCACGUGUUGCCAUUCACAUACCUUAUCAUCCUUGUUUUAAUAGUGUGAAAUCUUUGCAGGUUUCCUUGUCUUGGUGUUGUCGACUUCGUCAUCUUAUUUCAAGCAGCCUAUCCUCAUAUACCAAGACAACCUUAUUGGUUUACAAAGAUCACUCAAAGGCCCUAACAUGAGUCAGACCUGAUAAAUUUCAACAUCGAUGUGUUCUUGAUUAAUGCAACAUAAGAUUCAAGUUCAGCAUGGUUGUAUUCAAUAUAUAGCUGAUCUCCUAUAUGCCUUAAGCUUCAUUGACAUAAUUGUGGGAUUUAUUUUCACAUUCCUUGAUAUAGUGCUACCAUUUGUUGUCAUAGUAGAAGAGACGUCAUCAAAUGUUUCCGAUAGGAUGGAGAGUAGUACUUCUUUUUCUAUUUCUCGUUCUCAGUUUGGCAGAGUCCUCGAGCAGACCAUGGUCAACGUGGCCAAGCAACCUUGGUGCUGAACAAACUUUUCUUUACAGCUGGACAAUCUUCAGUGCAAGCAUUUGUGUACUUGUUGCUCUUUUUCUUUCCACAUAUCUUAUCUUUGAGCAUUUAGCUGCUUACAAUCAGCCUGAGGAGCAGAAGUUCUUAAUCGGAAUUGUUCUGAUGGUUCCUGUUUAUGCAUUGGAAUCGUUUUUGUCACUAUUGGAUGCAGAUGCUGCAUUCAACUAUGAAAUAAUCAGGGACUGGUAUGAAGCUUUUGCCCUAUAUUGCUUCGGGAGAUAUCUAAUAGCCUGCUUAGGUGGAGAGGAUAGUACUAUUGAGUUCAUGGAAAGUAAAAGUAUUAUCAGCUACAGCAUACCCCUUAUAGAAGAAUCAUAUGCUUACGGAAUUGUGGAACACCCUUUCCCGCUGAGUUGCUUACUUAAGGAGUGGUAUCUUGGUCCCGACUUUUAUCAGGCUGUAAAAAUUGGCAUUGUGCAAUAUAUGAUACUGAAGCUUAUCUGUGCACCAUUAGCAAUGUUUUUUCAGUAUCUUGGUGUUUAUGGGGAAGGGAAGUUCGAGCGGGGAUAUGCCUACCCAUACUUGGCGGUGGUUCUUAACUUCAGCCAGAGCUGGGCCUUGUAUUGCCUUGUGCAGUUCUAUUCAGUAACCAAGGAUAAGCUAGCACCAAUCAAACCUUUGGCCAAGUUCUUGACGUUUAAGUCGAUAGUAUUCCUGACAUGGUGGCAAGGUGUUGCUGUUGCAUUUCUUUUUUCUAUGGGAGCCUUUAAAGGAUCUUUGGCCCAGGAGCUAAAAACACGUAUACAAGAUUAUAUAAUCUGCAUUGAGAUGGGUAUUGCUGCUGUGGUGCACUUGUAUGUUUACCCAGCAGUACCUUACAAACGUGGAGAGCGGUGUGUGCGUGAUGUCUCCGUGAUGAGUGACUAUGCGUCAUUAGGAGCACCAGCGGAUCCAGAAGAGGUUCGAGACUCUGAGAGAACCCCCAAAUUGCGCCUUGGUUGCCAUGAUGAGAGACCAAAGCGUCCCAAGUUACAUCAAAGUUUUCGUGAUGUGGUCAUUGGAAGUGGUGAAAUUAUUGUUGACGACAUGAAGUUCACAGUUUCCCACGUUGUAGAACCAGUCGAAAGGGGGAUAGCAAAGAUAAACAGAACGUUUCAUGAGAUUUCAGAAAAUGUAAAACGACACGAAGAGAGAAGAAGAGGCCCGAAGGAUGACAGUUAUUUAAUUCCUUUGAAUCCAUGGACCAAUGAAUUUUCCCUAGUUCAUGAAGACAUAGAAAAAGGCAGUCUCAGUGAUAGCAAUCUGUCUAACGGGAGGCGGCAACGUCAAGUAUCAAAGACCCCAAACAGCUAGUUCAUUAACAUUGUUAACAUGACAAUCUUAUAUUCUUGAUUGACAGCCAUUGUACAAGUACGUUGAGAAUACUUGCAAGCAGAUAUAGAAAUCGUUCGAACACUGGAUAUAUGGUCGCAGCUGAUUAUAGAGGUAGUACUACUAACCAUUGAUCUUGAUACAUGUAUUCGUGGUGCAGAUUAUUCGGUUGUAAAACAGAAGGUUGUAUAUAUCUAAUGUCAAUGAACUUAGAAUCA